AUGAACAUCGCAGCAAUAUAUUCCUUCAUAUACUCUCUAUGGGCAGUCCCUAGCUUCCUUUUCCCACAUACAGUUCCAGUGCCCACCAAUAGAUCUCAAUAUGAGGUUCACUCGUUGCCUAAUACUUCCCUGCCGCUGAGCUGGGCUGGUCGGCUCCCUGUUCCUGAAACGCCUCCAGGUAAUUCGUUGUUCUUCUGGCUCUUCGAGGCUGAGGAUCCUGCAUACGAUGGAAACCUCAUAAUUUGGUUCAACGGAGGCCCCGGCUGUUCGUCCCUUAUAGGGCUAACGACAGGAAACGGACCGGUUUCGUUUGACGGCAAUUCCACUCGUCUCAUCCAGAAUCCACACUCAUGGACCAAGCUAGGCCACGUCCUCUACAUCGACCAGCCGGUGGGAACGGGAUAUUCGACUGCAAGUAACCCUUAUCCUGUCCCAGACAACGACCGCGUCACAUCCGACUUCUACAAAUGGCUCCGGAAUUUCUUCACCCUGUUCCCUCAUCUCAGCUCGAAACAGGUACAUAUGAUCGGAGAGUCAUGGGCAGGAAUCUACAUCCCCUACUUUGCCUCUGCCAUUGUCCACGGGCAGGACUCGUUGCCCAUCAACCUCCGGUCCAUCUCCAUCGGCGACGGCACCAUCGGGAACGCCGCCGCUAUGUCCACCGUCACAAUCGGGUCGUUCAUGCGUUCCCAGAAAGAGACCCUCCAAAUACCGGAGGAGAUCCUAUCCGUCUUCACAGAUGCAGAAAAGACCUGUGGAUUCGACCAAAUCCUCGAAGCAGCAAACCAAUACCCUCCCAAAGACAAGAUCCGCAUCCCCGGAAACCCCGAGAACAGGAACUACAAGCGCCACCAGCUCCUCGAUACUCGCAAUUUAGUCGAUGAAACAUGCAACAUCGAGCCCACCACCCCCGACAUGGUCAAGGCUUCCAUUUUGAACUCCACCUGUUACGGUCCCUGUGCGACCUUCGCCACGGCAUUCGACUAUCUGGGCGCCAUGUCUACCUCGGGCGCAGGCAAACAGUGUCACGAUAUCUACGACACCCUCAAUGACUGUCACACCGUCGACCCUCUAGACCUCCUGGCCUCAUACUUCAGCCGUACAGACGUCCAAGUCGCACUGAACCUGCUUCCGGCGGCAGCAGGGAAGGACCCCGGUGGAAACCAUCCUUCUUCUUCUUCUCCUCCUCCUCCUCUGUCCCCAAUGAGCUUCGCUCCCUGCAACAGCACAAUCCUAACGACGCUUUUAUCAAGCACAUCCCCGGUGGCUCCAGCGUAUUCUAUCCUUCCUGAUCUCGUCACGACCCACAAUAUCCCCCUCCAUAUCUACUCCGGCGAGAACGACUUUCUCCUCAACCAUUUCGGCACCGAACUGAGUCUCCAGAACAUGACAUGGAAUGGAGCGCAAGGGUUCUCCCAAAGGCCUAACCGGCCAUUCUUCAGCGAUAAUGCUGCACCCUCGCAUUCCUGCGAUAAGGGAAAUAGAACGCAGACGUGUGACGUUGAAGCGGGCGUCUGGGGGUCAGAACGCGGCGUGACUUAUCAUCUCUUUUGGGGCGCAGGGCAUAGUGUUUUUGCGAAGAAGCCACGCGAGAUGUUUGCGUAUGUGCGGGAUGUUGUUGUGGGAGGCUGA